AUGGCCGAUACCGAAAUGGAUGUCGAUGCGCCUUCAUCACCACAAGAGCAACGAAAUGACACCAAGAAUGCCUCGAUGACAACUCAUUCAAAUGCGACAGCGGUACGAUCUAUCGAAGGCUGGAUCAUCAUCGUCACCAAUGUACAUGAAGAAGCUAGUGAGGAGGACUUGAAUGACAAAUUCGCAGACUUUGGAGAGAUCAAGAAUCUUCAUUUGAACCUCGACAGAAGAACUGGAUACGUCAAGGGCUACGCAUUGAUCGAAUACCCAACAUUGGACGAGGCAAGGGCCGCUAUUGACGGUGCGCAUAACACCAAGUUGCUGGAACAGACUGUUGAGGUGGACUUUGCAUUUGUUAGACCGCCACCAGGAGGAAAGGGUAGAGGAGGUCGGGCACCUGCCAAAGGUAGAGCCAGGAGCCGAUCACGUAGUCCCAGUGGUAGAGAAGGGGGCGAUUGA